AUGACAGGAUUCGAAGAAAUAACCAAUACAAAUUGCACAUGUGAAUGUAAAGAAGAGGAUUUUCGUAAAUUUAUUAGAAUACUUUGUUGGAAACAAAUGGCACAAUUAGUUGAUUUAAUGGAGCUUGCACCUUGUGCUGGUAAAAAUUAUUUUAAUAUUUUGAAGAAUGCUUACAAUCAAUUUAUUAAUUUACAAAAAUCAACAGUUGAAGGAUUAAUGUUUUCUGGAAAUAUGCCUGUUUUGAGAAGCGUUUUUGGUGCUAAUUCACAAAAAGAAUUUCAAGAACAAGAAAAGUCGGAAGAGGAAGAAAAUAACAACAACAAUAAUAAUUUUAUUAUUUCUUCCUAUUCUUUACAAAAAGACGAAAAUACACUAAAAUCGUUAUCUUUUAGAUUACUUAGGUGUGUUUAUCCAUUAUUGACAGGGGAGAAAAUUGUAAUCUUAGCUUCCCAACAACGUACACCUACGGGUAUGGAUUUAUUGGAGAAACUUAAUAAAUUACGUGUUGUAAAGAGGACUGAGAAUGUUCAAUGGACUUCAGAAAUUGAAAGAUUAGAGCAAGUAAUAACAGAACAUCAAUUAUCUGGAGUAUCUUGUGAUAAAGAAUUGUCUUUAAAUUUAAGUGAUAAAAAUGCUAAACAUGAAAUGAUUAUUAUAGAUUUAAAUAACCAUAGAAUUAAAUGUCGAGAAUAUAGAGGAGUUUUAUUGAGACAAUUAGCAGGUAAUUUCGAGGUUUUAUAUGAGAAGAGGGGGUUUAGACGAUACUUGAAUACCGACAUUUGCGGAGAGAUUGGGGGAGUUUUACUGGGAAAUUUUUAA